GCGCUAAUAAGUUGGCUACUAAAGGUAAUCGAAAAUGACUAUGAGUCUUUCUGAAUGUGAUCCUGAAAUUAUGGCAUUGUGCAAAGAGGAAAAAGAACGUCAACGACUUGGAUUGGAAUUAAUAGCUUCAGAGAAUUUUGCUAGUAAAGCAGUCUUGCAAGCUUUAUCCUCUUCGUUUCAUAACAAGUAUUCUGAAGGCCAAGUGGGCACUAGAUACUAUGGUGGUAAUGAAGUUGUGGAUAAAAUGGAAACGUUGUGUCAGAAGCGUGCACUCACCUUAUUUGACCUUGAUGAAUCCUUAUGGGGUGUUAAUGUUCAACCCUAUAGUGGAUCACCUGCCAAUCUUGCCAUAUAUAUGGGAUUAGUUGGCCCUCAUGGUCGUAUCAUGGGAUUAGACUUACCAGAUGGUGGACACCUUACACACGGAUAUCAAACUGCUUCUGGUAAAAAGAUUUCUGGUUCUUCGUUGUUCUUCGAGUCUAUUCCGUAUAAAGUUGAUCCUAAUUCUGGAUUGAUAGAUUAUGAUCGAUUAGAAAUUGUCGCUCGAGCAGUUCGUCCUAAAUUAAUCAUUGCCGGGACCUCAUCAUAUCCUCGUCAUUUAGACUAUGAACGAUUUCGACAAAUUGCUGAUUCAGUUUCAGCUGUAUUACUUGGUGACAUGUCACAUAUUAGUGGUUUGGUAGCAGCUGGAGUUCACCCUAAUCCUUUCAACUAUUGUGAUGUUGUAAUGACUACAACUCAUAAAACACUUCGUGGUCCUAGAGCUGCAAUGAUAUUUUAUCGUAAAUUAGCUAGAUCUCAGAAAAGUGGUGUCAUGAAUGGAUGCAAUGGUGGCCCGGUAUCGACAGAUUUUGAACGCCGUAUUAACGAGUCCGUCUUCCCAGGAUUACAAGGUGGUCCUCAUAAUAAUGCUAUUGCAGCUAUGGCUGUUGCUUUAAAAGAAGCAGCAUCACCAGAAUUUAAAUCUUAUCAACAACAAGUGAUUAAAAAUAUGCAACAACUAUGUACAUCACUAAAAGAUUUUGGUUAUGAGCUUGUUACUGGAGGCAGCGAUACACAUUUAUGCCUAUUAGAUCUUCGUCCAAUGAAAAUAGAUGGUGCACGAGCGGAGAAAAUCAUGGAGUUAGCUCGUAUUGCUGUGAACAAGAACACAUGCCCUGGAGAUGUUAGUGCACUUCGACCUGGUGGCUUGCGACUUGGAAGUGCUGCAUUAACUUCACGUGGUUUUAUUGAAAAAGAUUUCAUUGCGGUAGCUGAAUUUCUACACCAAGGCAUUCAGAUUGCUGUUAAAGCAAACCAACUAGCUAGUAGCAAAUUGCUGAAGGAUUAUGAAGUAUGUCGCCUUUUUCACAUCUGCUUUUACCUUUUGUUCGUUAGUCAUUUUUACUUUAAGUAUAUUCCACUAGAAUAAGUGAAUUUAGGUCAUUGUGAAAUAAAUAUUUGUCCCACAAACGUUUAUCAACCUCAUUCAACGACUAAAUGCUAUGUGAGAAUGCUACAUGCCAAGUGAUUGACAAUCGAAAGAUCAGUGAUGCCUUUGAAGUGAAGACGGGAUAGGAGUGAGACAAGGUUGCCUACUAUCAUCACCGAUGACCUUCCUGAUUGUGGUGGACUGAACUGUAUCAUGCAACAAACAAUUGUGAGGGAUGAGAAUAGGGACAUACGCUGUCUGGAUUUUGAUUUCGCCAACGAUGAUGAUUUAUGUCUAGUGUCUUAUAUCGCACAAACUGGAAGAUCUACAGGCGAAAACCAACAAUUUGGCAGGAGAGGCGUAGGGAGUCAGCGAAGGAAUACGGGACUUCCUUCAGGUGGAGGUUGGGGAGACGGAGGUGAUGGAGAUAGCCAACGAACAACAACAACAACAGCAACAAGCACCAAUCACGAUGGAUGGGAGGAAUGUAAAUGAAGUUGUGUCUUUCACCUACCUAGGGAAGACAGCAUUGUUUUAAGUACAGGGAGUGGUGGCAUAGAUGAGUAUGUGAAAGGUAGGAUGGGAGAGACUGUAAGAUGGGUCUUCAUGGAUUUGAAGCUGGUGUGGAGAUCUACUGCAGUGCAGUGCAAUGCAGUGCAGUGAAGUUAGCAUAAAGCGUGAAGAACAUCUGGAUUUUGAACAGUGAUGUCAGUCAAGUGAGUGCUUCCAUGUGAUGGUUCAGAGACUUGGCGCGUUAUGAAGAGCGUUUCCAGCAAACCAAAUACAUGCAUGAAGACUUGGCACCUAUGCUCACAGAAUACUGAAGAUGGAGAUGAGAUGGCCAGAAUAGUAAGGAUAAGUAGGGAUGAACAACUGUGGCUGAUCCUACAUCGAACCGAGUGACGAAGAAUCUAUCGCCCAACAAAUAUGCAGAAGAAGAAAGUGGAGAUGGAUUGAAUUGGAUUGUAUUGGAUAGGACAUAGACUGAGAGUACGGUUUGUGGACAUGACGUGCGAGGCCGGUCGCUUGAUCGGAAGCGAAAUGGGAAAGGAUGAGUUGAGUGUAUGAGCCGAGGGUGACAUGGAGAUGGUGUUAGGAAGAAAUGGAAGCUUCUGGGGAGUCAUGGAGUCAGGUUGAAAAAGCUGCAGAGAAAGGGAAUGAAAUUGCUAUUUGCUACUGAAGCCCUAUAUUCCAAUAAGAACCCGAGGAACAAAUUAUUAUUAUUAUUAUCACUACUAUAAUAAAUAUUUCCCAAUUUUUUCGGAUACUGUUUACACUUGUAGUUUAUCAAAUGAUAAACUUUCUAUAUACAGUCAGUGCUGAUUACUGUAGAAGUAUUCAUUAAUUUUGUACUUCACAGUAAAUGUAAAACAAAACAAGGUUGUUUUUGGCAAACUUUACAUUCAAAAAAAUAAAAACUGCAAAGCUUCCAUAUGAUCCCCGAGAAUUUCAGUCGACCCGAAGAAUCUUGUCAGCGCUUCAAUCAUAGUUGUAUACGCUGGAAUUGUAGGUCACAAAGUUUGAGUCUGACAAUAUAGAAAUUUUCCAAUAAGACUUUAAAGUUAUAACGUAAGUUAUAAAAAAAAAUUAAAAUUCCCAUUCAUCUGAAUACUACUCAUUAGUGACAUGUUUUCAGAUAGAUAUCCCGAAGUUCUAGUGAGAAACCAUGAUCUGUGGAGUCAACCAGUUGGAAGGGAAAUGGAUGUUAUUUUGAAGACCUUAGGCGAUAGUCGCACUGUAUCGCAAAUUAAGAGAAGUUGAAAACUGUGAACCACUGAAAAUUGACUCAGUGGCUGAAUGGUUAGCGCGUUCGCCGCGAAACCUUGAAGGUCCUGAAUUCAAUCUCUAGCCACCGGAUCGCUGGUGCGUACUUCUGAAGAGUUCUAUACUAGAACGAAACAGUUCUCUAAUACUUUUAGCUUUUCAAUGAUCCCCCAAGUAAUAUCAAUCAUUGAUGAAUACUACCUCAAAAUUAAAAAAUCCCUAUCUCAAAAACACAUUAUUAACGUAAGUCUCAUAACGAAGUCUCUUCAGAAUUGUCUAAUUAGGAAUGAGGGAAUAAAACAUAACUUGACUUGGUUGCAACUCAGCACCACGUGAUGACAUAACCAAGACGUAUGCAAUAAGAACUAUCAACGCAUUUGUACAUAGAAAUCUCAAUUUAUAAUUUACGCAGUCAUCACAUUCAACACACUAUCUAUAUUGUCAUCAUCUUUGUUUGACAACACACAAUCAUCAAACUAAAAAAAUAACUUAAAUCAAUUUAUCAUAUAUAAGCUUGGAUAUUAAAAAUUAACGUCUUCUAUAAUCUUGAUGAAACUAUUAACGAUAAAUAGCGAAAUAUCAUUUAUAUCAACCUUGUUUUACAUUUACAUACAUAAUUGCUCGAUUGUUGAAGUCUCCAAACCACAUCGACGCAGAAAUUGUAAAGAAGAAUGAUAAAGAAAUAAAAGUUAUGGUGGAAGUUGGAUUGGGGUUCGGGAUAUACUCACAAGUCGAUGAGACGACUAAAACGAUAGACGGAACACUUAGAGUGAAAAUUUUAUUUUGCCUACAGUUACUGUUCCGUUCCCCGCUAUCCAGUCUUGUUCUGGCUAGUACACUAUGACAGGUUCAGAACGCUUGCAGACAUCAAGUGCUAGACCUUGUAUGAGGAAAGUUACUUGAUCUAGUAACGGAAGUAUUUACGGAUGGUGGUUGAGGAUUAUUGAUUAGAGUAACUAAAGUGUUGGCUAGCGUCUAGAGACCAGUUUUGAUCCCUUCUAACUGACUUCGAUAACUGAUCCCCCCCCCCCCCCAGUCUUCAAGGCGAGAUAUCUUCCUGUGAUAACCACAGAAGAAUCAGCUUAGCCACCACAAUUUCUAAGGUCCUAGUUUCUACCAUCAGUAGACACAUGUGAACAACAAACUCGAAGAAGCCAGGGAGGUUUCAGACCUUAUCUUAGGUGUAUCUAUCAGAUAUCCACACUCACUUAGGUUAUAGGAUGUAAGCGUAUUUACUAACGUCGCACAGUCGUAUUUCGUGACCUGAAAUUGGCAUCCAAAUGCUUUGAAAGAGCGAAAGAAGUGUCAGGUAGGUGCAUCUCUGUGUUGAAGGCUCUGCAUUCAGAGACUCAUGGGUGUGUGAGAUCCUAUGGUAAGGUAUCAGGUGAGUUGUAUACUCUGUGUGGUGUCCAUCAGGGAUUCUCUAUUAUUUGAUUUUGUUAUAGAUGUGUUUAUGGACAUCUCCCUCGAAAUCUGACGUUCCAGAAACUAACCUUGUCACAGGAGAUUCGUCAGUGGACAUAGAUUAUUUAGAUGAUAGUCUUGUUAGGUAAAGACGUUUGCAAGAUGUAGAGUCUUCCGGACACCUAAAGUGCUGAACUGCGAAUAGUUAGAAGGCAUUUCUGGCUACCCAAACGCAAAUUGUUUUCCAUAACUGGUCGGUGUUGGUGCUUCGUUCGAUAUGUUAGAGUAAUAAUAAUAAUAAUAAUAAUAAUAAUAAUAAUAAUAAUAAUAAUAAUAAUAAUUCACUUUAUUCCAAACAAUUUGUGGUACAAUUUGGAAUUCUCGGCGUAACAUAUAUUGCAAUAACAACAAAAUAUAAGUAUAUACAUACUGCUUUGCAGCCUUUCGAAUUGUUUUAUUAUAAAAAUUUAAGUUAUGUGAAGAAUAUUAAAAACGAGAAAAUUUUGCAUUGUAAGUUAAAUUAUUGAAAUGAGAUUUUUAACUGUCACAAAGUUGAUGUGUGAUUUCUGUUCUAACACUUUUCCUCACAAAAUAUGCGUGCAAGGUAAGGUACAGUCGAGUUCUUAUACUUAGCUGUACGAGCAUACAAUCUUAUGUAGUUUCUCCUUGUCCUCCCUGAGGAGAUACAUGGAGAGAGCUGUGAAUGAAGUGGAUGCUCACUGUCAGUUAAAAUUUCUGUAGCUAGUAGCUUUCAGGAAUUUAUAUGUCGACCAACUACAGUGUUAAUCAGUUGAGCCAGAGACACACCACUCACCCUGCUGACGGUCUUCAAAGCCCUACUCAACAUAACAUAGUCCUUUUUAAGAAGACCAGGAAAGAUUAGUGGGGAACAACAUAGAAGAAUAGGUAAAAUGCAGGAAUUAAUAAAUUGUAAAAGAAGCAGUUGAGCUAUACCAGAAAGCCUCAAUUUCUUUAUGUAAUAAGUUAAACGAAAGAUAAUUUUACAAGUCAAUAAAAUAUGGGAUGACCAACAAAGGUCAGAAGUAAAACGCAACCCAAGAUAGUUCACACUCGAUUUACUUUCUGCAGAAAUGCUAUCGAUGCAGCAGGCGUCAUGAGAUUUAAACAGCUCACAUAAGUCUUGUUUACGCCUGAGGUUAAAAUUAACAGUCUGACAUUUAGAAGGGUUUAGUUUGAGACCAUUUGAGAAAGACCAUUUGCCAACUUCAGACGAGAAUUCAUUUAAUUUCGAGCAAUCCAAAGAAGAGUUUACUGGAAUAGAAAUCGUCAGGUCAUCAGCAUACUUGAUAAAAUUAAUUUCAACAGAAUAGGGCGAAUCGUGCAAAAAAACGAAAACAGAAAAGGGGAAAGUACAGCACCUUGAGGCACACCAGCUUCAGUAAGCAAUGAAGUGGGGCCCAUCCCUUCAUGAAUAGUUUACUGUUUCCUUUCAGGAAAAAUAAGAAUGCAGCCAUUUUGUAACCCAUGGAUCAGUGUGAGCUAUGGCAAGCUUAUUCAACAAAAGUGGUCCAGGAACAGAGUCAAAGGCUGAUGAUUAAUCCAAAAAGGCACAACGGACAUACUUAACACCUUUGUCGAGACUAGAAACAAUAUUAUGAUGCAAGACAAUGGCUGCAUCUAAAGUACUCCUCCGGUGUUUGUAAGCAAACUGUUUUGGAUCUCUGAAGGCCAUCAAUGAAGGCUCAAUCACAAGCAGAAGUAAUUUCUCCAUUGUCUUCAAAAAGGGGGAAGUUAUAGCGAUGGGUCGAAAAGUAACAUCUGAUGUAGAAGGUGGCUUAGGCACAAGUACAAUUUUUAUCUGCUUCCAAGCAGUGGGUAUUAUGUUUUUAGAGAACGAUACAUUGAAGAUAUCUGUAAGUGGAUGACACAAAAUAUCUACACAUUUUCUAAAUAUGAUACUAGAAACACCAUCAGGACCUGAGCUUUGGGAGGGAUUCAAAGGCUCUAGACAUUUAAAUACAUCAUUUGUAUUGAAACCUGGAAAGCAGCCAUCCACUUGAUUUAAUGCAUUGACCACUUCACUUGAGCAGUUGGCCGACGUGAUCUCUGUGCAAAUACAAAAGACUCCCUUAGCUUCCGCCAACUUUCGUUAUUUAUUGCACCUGAAUGACAGUGGAACAGCACUGUUCACAGCAUCAAGCAAAUAAUACUAUCUCUUCAUGUGAAGUAUCCAACAAACAAAACUUAUAGUUAUGCACUAUUAUAAUGCCUAUGUCCCACUAUUACGUUUCAUCAGAGGGAAAUAAGUUUCGUUGUGGUUAUUGAUUUACUUCAUUUAUAAACGUAAACUAAGAACUCAUACUCUAAGGUUUGAUGCUAGUGUCAAUUACGUGAUAUAACCUAACUAUUGUUUUCGUCUGUCUAGGCUGUAGUUAACACAAAUGAUGAA